AUGGAAGAAGAGCUACUACCGCCUAGGAUGUUCGCUGCAGGAGAUGAACCGUUGGGUGAGCGUGUUAACUCAUACCACAAGACUAAGACGACCAGGGCCAUCCUCGCCGCUUUAGAACCAGAUGAGUUGGAGUUUAUCCGCAACUCUACAUUUGGGAAGAUCAUUGCCAUUGAUGAUUACCCUCCCUUCUCUGGCGCGUUUGGGCAGUAUGUGGUGGUCAGGCUUCUAAAGGUCAACAAAAAGUAUGAGGUAUGGUUCUUGUUCGCUGGAAACCCUAUACGGAUGUCUCUCCGGGAGUUUGCCAUCGUUACCGGAUUGAAUUGUGGGAAGAUCCCAGAGCCUUCUAAGAAGAGGAAGAACCCGUUGAAGCAGAAGCUUUAUUGGAAUGAACUAUUUGGGUCUCUGAAAUUCUGCAGCGUCAAGACAGCUAUCGAGAUGUUGAAGACCAAGGUUGUCAAAACCAGAGAUGAGAGGAUCAAAUUCGCGUGUCUUGCCAUCACCUCGUCGAUCCUAUUCCCAUCAUCACACUCACCCCGCAUCAUUCCGGAGCAUGUAGAACUUAUCAGGGACCUCAAUGAGUUUCUUGCCUUUCCUUGGGGCAGAGCUGCUUACCAAACUCUCGCGACAUCACUGAUCUCGAAGGAUGUAAUUGCUUUGUCGCAAGCUUCUGUGGCGAUUCGUGGCUACGUUGACGCCAUUCAACUAGUUCUAAUUGCCGCCAUUCCUCAGUUGAAGGAAGAAAUCACUGAGUCUGUCACCCCAAUUAUCAUUCAAGACUCUGAAAGCGAAGGGGAGUCUCCUAACGAAGCCACAGUUUCUGAAGAUGACACCGUCAUGGAGCAGGAGAGACCAUCAGCGGCCACCAAGUACGUGAUUAUUCCUGGCCACGCCAAGACAGCAGAUACCGAAUGCCAGCGCCAUAUACUAGGUGUAACGGUUAUCAUCACUUUUAUCGAGUAA